GACAACCAUACAAGUCACCGUGUUGCCAUUGAAUAGCAUGGAAUUAAACCUUGUUCAGUGUAUAUGUUUUGUGGUCUUACGUGUUUUGUGCCUUCUUCAGUGUAUAUGUUUUGUGGUUUGUGGUUAUAGCCUGUGGUUACAGCAUUAUUUUUAAAAGUGGUGCAAGUUAUUUGAAUAGUUGUAUCUAGUAAUAAAGUUAAGAAAAAAUGGUGAUAGGUGCCUUUCCUGCAGCUAAAUUAGGGGCUCUGUUGCUAAAACAAAUAAGUAAGCCAAUAGCAAAUGUUGUAAAGAAUCAAGCGAAGAGUAGUCCAAUUUUUAGGAAAUACGUGUGUAUGCCACCAGCUCAGUAAAAUGGGCACCCGACUAUAAGUUUUAUAAUUUUAGAGAAACAUGUAAGAUGUUCAGAUUUCCCAAAGAUCCUAAAACAAGGAAUCGCUAGAUAAAACUUACAAGG